AUGGAUCUCGAGCAAACGAUUGUGGAUAAAUACAGACUGGAGAAGAGGAUUGGCAACGGUGCUUUUGGAGAUAUUUACCUUGCCAGACAUCUUACUACUAAGCAGAAGUUUGCCUGCAAAGUUGAGAAGGUUUCUGAGAAGCAUCCCCAGCUUAAAUAUGAAGAAAGAGUUUAUCAUUAUUUGAAAGGGGGCAAAGGAAUACCAACUGUUUACUUUUAUGGAGAAGUAGGGGAUUACUACUGAAUGGUUAUGGAUUUACUAGGGAGAUCUCUUGAAGACCUAUUCUGCUUUUGUAAUAAAUAAGUUUUCUCUAAAGACAGUGCUCAUGCUCGGUGAUCAAAUGCUUCAAAGGAUUGAAUUUGUCCAUAUUAAUAAUUUCCUCCAUCGAGAUAUUAAACCAGACAACUUCUUGAUGGGAAAUGGAAAGAACUCCCAUAUACUUUACAUUAUUGACUUUGGACUGGCGAAAAGGUUUGUUGAUCCAAAAACUGGGGAGCAUAUUCCGUACAGAGACGGAAAAAGUUUGACUGGUACUGCAAGGUAUGCUUCAUUGAACACUCAUAUUGGUCAAGAGCAAGCGAGGAGGGAUGAUAUUGAGUCAAUAGCCUUUGUCAUGAUUUACUUCCUUAAAGGUUGCCUCCCAUGGCAAGGAGUUUCGGGUGACACCAAAGAAGAAAAAUAUCAAAAAAUUAAGGAGAAGAAGAUUGAUACUCCAAUUACUGAUUUAUCGAAGAAUCUACCAUCACAGUUCUUAAAGUUCUUUGAAUUAGUUCGAAAUAUUGGAUUUGAAGAUACUCCUGAUUACGUUGCUCUGAGGACUCUUUUGGCUGAGAUGUUCACUAAUAAGAAUUUCCAGAAUGACUUCCAAUAUGAUUGGGUGAUAAAAGCUAAUAAGAUGUCCAAGGGAAGAUAUCAUAGCUUAACAAACGAUAAUAGGAAAACUAAGGAGUUCUAUCAAGGGAAGCAUCAUUAUAAAGGAAUUCAAUCAAAAAGCAUGGAACGGAAAGGGAGGAAGAGAGCACAAGACUCAGGAAAAUUUUCCACCCAAGCAUAA